AUGUCUCGGGUUGCGCAGCUGGACGCGAUAGCGCUUGAUAGCGAGUUGUAUGGGCAGUUCUGGUCCGAGUUCAACGCGGCCGUCAACACGGACGGGCAUAAGGAGGAGUGGGAGUUGGUGAUGAAUUCACUGGUGUUUGUGUGUGCGACAAGGUUCUUGUCGCAGCACGGUUCCAGCCACACGUACGGGUCUGCGCUGAGCGGUGUAGCUUUCCGAUGCAGGAAACGCACCUUGUAUGUGGUGACCGUGCUGGCUGGGUACGUGUGGAGGAAGAUCACCCACUUUGUGUUCAAUGGUUCUCGUGGUAGGAGCCAGAUGGCGUGGCUGAAGCUGUACAAGUGGCUCAACGUGGCCUAUCAUGGUUGCGAUGUGACUAAUUUCGUGCGGUUUCUGGCGGCGGACGGUGCCGGGGCCAGGUCGUUCUUGUCGCCCGUGUAUAGAGUGUUCAAUGUGUACUCGACGAGACUGGUUCGUGGCGGCUCUGCAUCCGCCUCCGAUUUCUACUCGGGCUCUGUGUUUGCUGGAUUGGAAUACCAGAACAGACAGCUGCUGUGGAACGCACUUCUGGAGCUAUUUUCAAAAACACUGCUUACGAAGAGGGGUCUCCUGCCCUUUGCUAAGAGACCGCAGAGGGUGCGGUCGGGCACUGCAUCCCAGACGGUGUGCCCCCAUUGCGAGCGUUUCCCGACCAAUCCAUACCAGAUUGCUUGCUGCCGGGCGAACUACUGCUAUGUGUGCGUCGUGAAGGCGCUGGAAUGGUCUUUGUGCGAUGCGUGUGGUGCUUCCAAGGCACUGACUGCUGCGCCAGUGUAUUGA